GAGUCUGCGCUUGAGAGCUAAGGCGGUUUGGCUCCACGCGGGUCAUACAUUGUGAUCUGUGAUUGUUACAGCUCAGUAAAAAUACAGCUGCAAAAUUUAAUAAGCGGGCGAUAUGGCGGAUUCACAAGAGGAGAAGCUGUACAAAGCCGAAUACGCUAAAAGUGGUCGAGCUUCUUGCAAGAAAUGCAAAGACAAUAUCGCAAAAGAUUCUCUCCGGAUGGCUAUAAUGGUGCAGUCUCCCAUGUUUGAUGGCAAAGUCCCCCAUUGGCAUCACUUCUCCUGCUUCUGGCAAAGAGUAUCAGUCCAGUCCCCAGGGGAUAUUUCGGGGUUCACAGACCUCAGAUGGGAAGACCAGGAGAAGGUGAAGAAAGCCAUUGAGACAGGAGGUGCAAGUUCUGGAGGAAAGGGUGACGCAAAGGGUGGUGCCAAAGGAGAGAAGACAUUGAAUGAUUUUGCAGUGGAAUAUGCAAAGUCCAACAGGAGCACCUGCAAGGGAUGCAAUGAGAAAAUAGAGAAGGAUCAAAUCAGGGUGUCUAAGAAGACAAUUGACCCAGAGAAGCCUCAGUUGGGCUUAAUUGACCGCUGGUACCACACAGGCUGCUUUGUAAGCAGAAGGGAGGAACUGGAUUUCAAACCUGCCUACUGCGCCUCGCAGCUUAAAGGAUUCGCCGCUUUAAGAGCAGAGGAUAAAGAAGAGCUGAAGAAAAGGCUGCCAGUUGUCAAGACUGAAGGAAAAAGGAAGGGAGAUGAAGUAGACGGAGAUGCCACGGCCAAAAAGAAGCAGAAGAAAGAAGAAAAGGAAGAGAAGCAGCGUGAGAAGCAGCUUAAGGAACAGAACCAGCUCAUCUGGAACAUCAAAGAUGAGUUGAAGAAGUCCUGCUCCACCAAUGACAUGAAGGAGCUUCUCAUUGCAAAUGGUCAGGAAGUGCCUUCAGGAGAAUCCAACAUCCUGGACAGCCUCUCUGACUGCAUGGCGUUUGGUGCCCUGAAACCCUGUGAAGAAUGCCAAGGCCAGCUGGUCUUCAAGAGUGAUGCUUAUUACUGUACCGGAAACAUCUCGGCCUGGACCAAGUGUGUCUCCAAAACGCAGACGCCCAACCGGAAGGACUGGGUCACUCCUAAGGAAUUCCAUGAGAUCCCCUACUUGAAGAAGUUCAAGUUCAAACGCCAGGACAGAGUGUUCCCCCGAAUAGAGGCCACAUCUGCGCCCAGUUCCACCAGUACCAGUGCAGCUGGUGUGACAGAGUCUGCUCCAGUUCCAGCAGAUAAACCCCUGACAGGCAUGAAGAUCCUGUGCAUCGGGAAGCUGGUGAAGAACAAGGACGAGCUCAAAGUUACUGUGGAGGAACUGGGAGGGAAGAUCACUGGGACGGCCAACAAAGCCAAUCUGUGUAUCAGCACAAAGAAGGAGGUAGAGAAGCUAAGCAAGAAGAUGGAGGAAGUGAAGGAGGCAGGUGUCCGGGUGGUGGCAGAGAACUUCCUGUCCGAUAUCAAGUCUUCGGACAAGGCCUUCCAGGAGCUGGUGUCCCUUCACGGCCUUUCGCCGUGGGGCGCGGAGAUCAAGCAGGAGAAUCCUGCUCCGGCUGCCAAGUCCAGCGGUGCUCCUGCCAGCAAGAGCUCGGGGAAAGUGAAAGAAGAAGAAGGUUCCAGUAAAUCCAAGAAGAUGAAAUUAACAGUAAAAGGAGGAGCUGCAGUGGAUCCAGACUCAGGUCUGGAGGACCGUGCGCAUGUUCUUGAUCAAAAUGGUAAAAUCUUCAGUGCCACACUUGGUCUGGUGGAUAUUGUCAGAGGAACAAAUUCGUACUACAAGCUGCAGCUGCUGGAAGACGAUGUCAAAAAGCGGUACUGGGUGUUCAGGUCUUGGGGCCGUGUGGGCACAACUAUUGGUGGCAAUAAAUUGGAUAAAUUUUCUGACAAGAACUCCGCUAUUGAAAAUUUCCUAAGUCUUUAUGAAGAAAAAACUGGAAAUUCCUGGCACUCCACCAACUUCACAAAAUACCCAAACAAAUUUUACCCUCUGGAGAUCGACUAUGGACAGGAUGAAGAAGCAGUGAAGAAGCUGACAGCCAGUGCAGGCACUAAGUCCAAGCUGGAGAAACCUGUUCAGGAGCUCAUUAGGAUGAUCUUUGAUGUGGAGAGCAUGAAGAAGGCCAUGGUGGAGUUUGAGAUUGACCUGCAGAAGAUGCCCCUGGGCAAGCUGAGCAAGAGGCAGAUUCAGAGCGCGUACUCCAUCCUCAGUGAGGUGCAGCAGGCUGUGUCUGACAAUGCCUCUGAUUCACAUAUAUUGGAUCUGUCCAAUCGGUUUUAUACACUUAUACCGCAUGACUUUGGGAUGAAGAAACCACCCCUCUUGAAUAAUCUGGAUUAUGUUCAGGCCAAAGUCCAGAUGUUGGAUAAUCUUCUGGAUAUUGAGGUGGCAUACAGCCUUCUCUGUGGUGGAACAGAAGAUGAUAAAAAAGAUCCCAUUGACAUCAACUAUGAGAAGCUCAAAACUGAGAUUCAGGUUGUUGAUCUGACGUCAAAGGAAGCUGAGGUCAUUCUGGAGUACGUCAAGAACACUCAUGCUGCUACACAUAAUACCUACACGCUUGAGGUGGAGGAGGUUUUCAAGAUAGCCCGGGAGGGCGAGUACCAGCGCUACAAGCCCUUCAAAGACUUGCCCAACCGUCAGCUGCUGUGGCAUGGCUCUCGUGCCACAAACUACGCUGGUAUCCUGUCUCAGGGCCUGCGCAUCGCGCCUCCUGAGGCCCCUGUGACAGGUUACAUGUUUGGUAAAGGUAUCUACUUUGCUGACAUGGUGUCGAAGAGUGCUAAUUACUGCCACACCUCAACAACUGAUCCAGUGGGUCUGAUUCUGCUGGCAGAGGUUGCUUUAGGAAAUAUGCAUGAAUUGAAGAGGGCUUCGCAUAUUACAAAAUUACCUAAGGGUAAACAUAGUGUUAAAGGUGUGGGUAAAACUGCUCCAGAUCCAAGUAGCACUGUGACUUUGGAUGGCAUGCAAGUUCCACUGGGAAAAGGCAUCAACACUAAUAUUCAGGACACCAGCCUGCUGUACAAUGAAUACAUUGUGUAUGAUGUGGCACAGGUGAAUCUGAAGUACCUGUUAAAGAUCAAGUUUAACUACCAGAGCUCUCUGUGGUGAGGCUGUUACUUUAUGGGCAGAAGUUCCAUCCAGCGCUGUCAGUUUGCUUUGGCUUCAAACUCUCAUCCCCAAAUGCAGAAAACAUUUAUUUUGGAAGUACAGAUAUCUGUUAUACUUUUUUUUGUCUUUUCAGCUGUGCACAGCACAUUACAGUGCACAAGCAACAUUCAUCACGUGUUUGACAAGUAGAGUUUAAAGGAUAAUAGUAUACAAAGUCUGAAAUGUAUUAAUCACAGUGUUUGAUUUGCGUUAAUGGUUUUUCAGUUUUAUUAGUUAAAUAGGGAAGGAGGUGGAACAAUAAUGUAAAUCAAGCUGUUUUAGCAUUGUUGGCAAUUUUGCUUGUUCUGCUGUUUUAGUCUUCUCAGACACUCAAUGUAACAUGCCAUUAAAGGACAAUGCAGAUUAAUCUGUAUUAUUUUAAGCAGGAAAGUCAUUAGUCGCUGCAGGUGCUAUUUCUGAUUUGAAAAAAUUGGAUCCAUCAUAUUAACUAUACAUGUCAUCAAAAAAGUUGACUCAACCUUUGUAAGAAUCCAAAUUGUGAUCAGUAUUCCCCUUCAAAAAUUUUGGAUAUAUUCUUUACGUUUUUGAUGAUAAAAGUGAGAUUCAGAACACUUGUGCACAUUCCAGAAAUCACCAUUAAUGAAAAAAUGAUUAUUUCUAAUAAUAUUUACCCUCAAAAAGCAUUUACUAGGAACACUAGUAAGGAUGAUAAACUGACUUAUUCUUAAGAAUAGAGGUAUUGAAAACUGGAAGUCUUAAACUUCUAGUAUAUUCAUGGGGAGUUCAUACAAGUAGGCUGCACUUGUAUGUUAUUUUUUCUUCUGCAUCUUUCUAAAGACUGCUGCAGAGCUGUUCUAAUUGUAAUCGUGUUGCUGAUUACAGCAGUCUGCCUUUUUUGUUAAAUGUUAAGCAAAGACACAGAGUGUAUGAGCAUUGUUAAACCCGUUGCAUUGUCAAAUAGACUUUAGUUUUUUUUUUACACAUAAUAAAGUCCUUGGCUUGAUUCCUUUU